GGGAGGGAGGGGAGAUGGCGGCGGGGGGAGGAGGGCCGGCGCGGCGCUGAGCUAAGCCGAUCCCACGUGUGACGGAUCUGGCUGCUGCCCCAGCGCCUCUCCAGUGAGAUCCUCCGGUAGCGGAGGGAGGAGGAGGGGGGAAGGGAAGGGGAAAGGCAACCGGAGCGAGCCGAGCCCGAACCGGAGCCGGGCCGGGGGGGGGCGGGUUGGGCGGGCGGGGGGGGUCCUCUGAGGGGGUCUCGCUCGGCGCGGCCAUGGAGGCGGACGGCAGCCAGGCUACCUCGGGGAGCCCCGGCGAGGCGCAGCACGACCCCGGCAAGAUGUUCAUCGGCGGCCUCAGCUGGCAAACCUCACCAGACAGCCUUAGAGACUAUUUUAGCAAAUUCGGGGAGAUCAGGGAGUGCAUGGUCAUGCGGGACCCCACCACCAAGCGCUCCAGAGGCUUCGGGUUCGUUACGUUCGCGGAUCCGGCGAGUGUAGACAAAGUCCUGGCUCAGCCCCACCACGAGCUGGACUCUAAGACGAUUGACCCUAAAGUUGCAUUUCCCCGACGAGCACAGCCUAAGGUAAGUAGGAGGAUCAAUAACAGGAUUUUAGGCACACAGAGAAUCAUUGUUGCCAGGCAGUUCAGGUUUCACACAGGGAAUUGGCAAUGA